GUAGAGAGAAGGGCGCGUGCGAGGUAGCGUUGAUUGGGUCCGCCCCGAAGCUACGGGCAAGGGCAGAAAGUGAGGAGAGAGAGCGAGAGAGCGAGAGAGAGGGAGGGAGGGAGAAGCGAUCGGCUCCAUUUCCCUGUCAUAUCUCGAGGUGGCUUCGGUUCUGAAAAUGAAUCGCACGACAGAUGACAGUGACAAUGCAAUGGUUCCAAAGGACCAGGUCGACUCACCAUCAAAUGAAGGUAGUAGCGGGGGAUUGCUGACAGGAGGAGGACAAGUUUUGAAGAAGGGACCAUGGACGUCUGCGGAGGAUGCAAUUUUGGUAGAUUAUGUCAAGAAGCAUGGUGAAGGGAAUUGGAAUGCUGUUCAGAAGCACUCAGGUCUGUCUCGAUGUGGCAAAAGCUGUCGUCUACGAUGGGCCAACCAUCUGAGACCAAAUCUUAAGAAAGGUGCUUUCACACCAGAAGAGGAGAAGUUGAUAAUCGAACUGCAUGCUAGGAUGGGCAACAAAUGGGCUCGGAUGGCUGCACAUUUACCGGGACGGACAGAUAAUGAGAUAAAAAACUAUUGGAACACCCGGAUCAAGAGACGUCAGCGAGCUGGUUUACCCCUUUAUACUUCUAAUGUGCCUUUCCAAGCUUCAAGUGAGAAUCAGCAAAGCCAGACCGCCACUGCAUAUGGCAAUGGUGAAAAACGGCCCAAUGAGCUCCUGCAGGGAAAUAGUUUCGAUUUUCCUGAUGCUAUAUUUGACAGCUUUAAUGCCAAUCAUGGGGCUUUGUCUUAUGCACCACCAUUUUCAGAUAUUUCAGUGAGUAGCAUGCUGAGUCAGGGCUUUGGAUCCCAAAAUUAUGGCUUCAUGAACCCAAUGGGGAACCAUGUGAAGCAGUUUCGAGAAUCUGAGACUUCACUUCCGGGCUUUCAUGGUAGUGUCACUACUGGGCUUCCUCCACUUGAGCAGUUUUCAAAUGAGCCUUCUGAAAAGAUCCAGCGGAGCUUUGGUUUAGGUUAUCCGUAUGAUCCAGACCCCAGCAGCAAGGACCUGGCACCCUUUGGUGGUGCAGUCCCUGGUAGCCAUGCCCUUUCAAAUGGCAAUUUCUCUGCUUCCAGGCCCCUUGGUGGGACUGUGAAGAUGGAGCUCCCUUCACUCCAAUAUCCAGAAUCUGAUCUUAGUAGCUGGCUUGCUUGCUCUUCUCCACCUCCUGAGGCAAUCGAUAAUUACAUCCAGUCUCCUCCAGCAACUGCGUCAGUGCAAUCUGAAUGUGUCUCACCAAGGAACAGCGGUCUAUUGGAUGCAUUGCUUCAUGAGGCACAGGCACGUAAGACUCAAUCAUCAGGGAAGAGAUCAAGUUCUUCUGUUGUUGCACCUGGUGGCAUGGUAGAAAGUUCAGGGCUUAACUUUUGUGAGGCAGCAUGGAAAGAAUACAAUGAUCCAAUUUCGCCCUUGGGCCGACCUGCUGCUUCUGUCUUCAAUGAGUGCACCCCACCCGUUAGUGGUGGUUCACUGGAUGAGCUUCAGCCUUCUAAAGAACCUUCUGUUCCUGCAGGUUCAGACAUCAUGCUAGCCGCUGCCGAACAUGUUUCAACCCCAAAUGUGGGGGAGAGAGACAUUUCACCUUGUUCAGAUUUCUUAAGGCCUGAUGCUUUACUUGGAGGGUCAGAUUGGCUUGAGAACUCUCAGACUGCCAAAGAGCAUUCUACCUUGAAUGAUGCCAUAGCAACACUUCUGGGUGAAGAUCUCUGCAGCGAGUACAAGGAAGUGCCUGCUGGAACAUCAUCUACACUCUCUCAAGGAUUGGGCCUCGACUCCUGUCCAUGGAACAACAUGCCUCGUGCAUGUCAAAUGUCUUAACUCAGAGGUCAUUUAUGGGACCUACUUCAGGAUUUGUUUACCAUGGUCUGUUCCGGUGGGACCUUUUUCUUAAUUGACAGAUGGUCGGGGAGGACAAAACAUGUGGCGGUAUGUAUAGUUGUUGCUGUUUUUUCAAGGGUUCGAUCAUGGAAAGUCUUGGUUGUUGGCAUUGAUGCGCUGUAGGAUGGUGCAAUCAGGGUAGAUGAACUGUUGCUGCAAGUUGGCUUUUGUUAUGUCUGUAAUAACUUUUGAAACUUGGUUAGGAACAAUUCCAUUAUUUGGGAUGCUGUUGCUUGAUGGUCUCUAUUUUCCAUAUGGUCUGGUAUCUGCUGAAGAUCCUUUGUGGUUUGUCUCCGAGAAGGAUUAUCCAUUGAAAGGUGCAACGGCAUACACAGAUUGUUUCUAGUCCGAUGAUGGUUCUGCAGCUGUUUUGGCUUGCUGGUAUUUUGAGUAGUCAGAUAGCUGAUCGAUAUAUUAGUUGAAGAGCAGCAGUAUUUAAAGGCCUUCAUUAAUGAAGAACAGUAAUACACCUAUGAAACUUACGUACUUAUUACCAUCAUCUGUGUUGCUGGAAAUUGGACCCGGAGGCGAUCGUCGGCUGAGAGGGGAGGAGCUCUGCUGCUGGAACAGUAGGUGGCGGCGCGUCAGCUGGUGGCGUCCUCCUGGAGAGUCCUGCAAGAAGUCGGUGGCCGGGAUUUCCGGCGCCGGCCCUUCGAUGCUUAAGUCAGAGGGGGGCUAGUAUAUGAGUGGAGUAAAAGAGGAGAAUGUUUGUUCUUGUGUGUCUGUCCCCGUUCUUUUUUCCCCAGGUUCCCUUUUAUAGAAGGAUAUUAUAUUACCUGAGAGGUAACAGGGCAAAUUGUCUUUUUCGUGAUAA